GUGGCUGCCCGCCCAAACCCGCGCCAAGUUCAGAGGGCUGUUAGCUGCACACAGGCACACUCUUCGCUCGCCUUCGAGACCCACACAGCACAACAGAGCCAUGGACAGCGCCGAGUUCCGGGUACGCGGCAAGGAGAUGGUGGACUACAUCUGCGAAUACAUGGAGACUCUGGGGUCCCGGCGCGUCACACCCAGCAUCGAACCGGGCUACCUGCGACCACUGCUGCCGGAGGAGGCUCCGCAGGAACCGGAGGACUGGGAGAACAUCAUGCGGGACGUCGACUCUAAGAUCAUGCCCGGGGUGACACACUGGCAACACCCCAGGUUCCACGCGUACUUCCCGUCUGGCAACUCGUAUCCUUCAAUUCUCGGAGACAUGUUGUCCGAUGCUAUCGGCUGCAUUGGAUUCUCAUGGGCUUCAAGCCCAGCCUGUCAGGAGCUGGAGACUAUCGUUCUGGACUGGUUCGGCAAGGCUAUUGGUCUUCCCAAGACUUUCAUAUCGAGCGCGGAAGGCAGUAAAGGAGGAGGAGUCAUACAGUCGUCUGCGAGCGAGUGCAUCCUGGUGGCGAUGUUGGCGGCGCGCACGCAGGCCAUCCGCGUGCUGAAGGCGCAAGCGCGCGAUCCGGACGCCGAGGACAGCGUGUUCCUGCCGCGGCUGAUCGCCUACUGCUCCCGGGAGGCGCACUCAUGCGUCGAGAAGGCCGCCAUGAUCAGCCUCGUCAAGCUCCGCGUGCUUGAGCCCGACGAGAACGGCAGCCUGCGAGGCGAGACGCUCAGGAAGGCUCUGGAGGAGGACGUGGCCGACGGAAGGGUGCCUUUCUUCGUGUCGACGACGGUGGGCACCACGUCCAGCUGCGCGUUCGACAACCUGAUGGAGUUGGGCCCCGUCUGCAAGGAGUACGACACCAUCUGGAUGCACGUGGACGGCGCGUACGCCGGGAACGCCUUCAUCUGCCCCGAGCUGCGCUAUCUCAUGAGUGGCAUCCACUACGCCGACUCGUUCAACACCAACACCAACAAGUGGCUGCUCGUCAACUUCGACUGCUCGUGCAUGUGGGUGCGCGACCGCAUCCGGCUAACGUCAGCCAUGGUGGUGGACCCGCUGUACCUGCAGCACGACCACUCCAACCAGGCCAUCGACUAUCGCCACUGGGGCAUCCCGCUGUCGCGGCGCUUCCGCUCGCUCAAGCUGUGGUUCGUGCUGCGCCGCUACGGCAUCAGCGGCCUGCAGAGCUACAUCCGCAGGCACUGCCGCCUCGCCAAGCACUUCGAGGAGCUCGUCAACAAGGACAACCGUUUCGAGGUCAUGAACGAUGUCAAGUUGGGCCUUGUCUGCUUCCGACUGAAGGGCACAGACAGAAUCAACCAAGAUCUGCUGGCAGCUGUAAAUGCUUCGGGGAAGUUGCACAUGAUCCCUUCCGUCGUCAAGGGGAAGUACACCAUCCGCUUCUGCGUUGUCGCUGAACACGCCAACGAGGCCGAUAUUGAGCACGCGUGGGAGGUGAUCCAGGAGCACGCCAAGGACCAACUGGAGGCACUGCACAUCGAGAAGCUGCCGUCGCCGACGGAGGUGGCGCCCGGCAAGGGCGGCAACCCGCGCAAGCUGACGCGCCGAUUCAGCUUCACGCGCAGCGUCUCGCGCGAGGUCUUCAAGCGCUCCAUGUCGCGCUCCAGCCUGCACGACGGCGCCACGCCCAUCAUCGUGCCCGAGGACGACGACUACAUCGACGCCGACGACGUCUUCAACUCCAUCCCCAUCAAGGAGGAAUGAGCAGAGCACCGCUGCCGCCGCCGACAACCGGCCUUCUCACCCCCCACCGUUUAUUUAUUUUCCUCAUCCUCACUCCAUCGGCAGACUUUGUAAGGGAACGACAGCGGUUCCGUCGCGUCUCUGCGUAGGAGCCGACCUCGUUAGGAGGAGGUCGUUAGGAAAAUGGGGACACAGUGAAAGAGAACUUUCUCGGACAUUUUGGAAAGGAAAAGAAGGUUCUCGCAAAGGGUGUUUGUAAACAAUCGUGUUUCCUCGUUGCCCUCCUCGUGCUUGACUUUCACAUAAAGAAAUUUAAUUACUCGUGAAAUGUACUGACUCGGCGCAGCAAGGGACGCUGCUGUGAAGAAGAAAGCAUUUAUUCUCGUGGUAAUUACCACUCCUGUUUUCGAAACAGUAUCAGUAUUAUUUAUUAUUGAACAUUCCACUGUACUUACUGCAUGUUGAAAAUAAAAUAAAAAUGUGUUUUCUUAA